AUGUCUAGUAAGUUUGGAAUUCUUUUUAUAACAAGAUUUUCAAAGCAAUCUUUAGGUAAACUCUUUGAUUAUAGAAUAGGAGGAAUAAUUGAUAAAAUCGAAGAAUGGACUAUAUCAUAAUUAUAUAAUUAUAUAUAAUGGUAAAUAUACAAAUAUAUUUUAGCAUAAAAUGA